AUGCCGCUCAUCAACGGACAGAAGAUGGCCUGCGAGCCAUGCAUUCGUGGUCACCGUUCCACGAAAUGCACUCACGCGAAUGAGCGUUUAAUGGUCCCCCCCGGCCGCCCGCUGAGCACAUGUCCUCAUCCGCCUGCCCGCGGCUGCGGCUGCGGCAGUGUGACGGCCGCCAUCCCGAGGAAGCAGAAGUGCGGCUGCGGCUCGAGCAACGGCACGCCCACCACCGAGUCGCCGGGCCUCGUCAAGGCAGAGUCGCCCGCGAGCGAUGUUCCGCCCAUGUCCCCAACCAAGGCCCCCGCCGCCUCCUUCCGAGUCCAGAAGACGGCCGCCAAGUCUGCCAGUCGCAAGCAGUCCUUCGACCCGGCCAACCUCGAGAGGAUGGACGCCGCCAACAUCAAUCUCCUGCCGCCGUACGACAUGGCGCAGUCGAACCAUAUCCCCCAAGCCAGCGUCGCCGCCAUGCCGCCCAUCCCCUCCCCGAGACCGACAAUGGAGUAUGGCGCUAUGCCCAUCAUGCCCGGCGUCAACAGCGUCAACGGCGUCAACGGCACCUAUCAUCACCCCAUCAUGUACCCUAUGUUCACCCAGCAGAUGACCGCCCCCAUGUUCCCCCACGGCCCUCCCAUGUCGAUGUCCCGGACGAACGGCGCCGCCUCGGCAACCAGUACGUCAAAGCCGGCGCCCCCUCCCGCGCCAGUGGUCGCUACGAACGGAGGUUCCUGCUGUUCAGGCAAGGCCAAUGGGGCCGUUAAGCCCACCCCUCCGCCCCCGUCACUCACGAGCACCAGCACCGGAGGCUCGUGCUGCUCGGCGCCGAGCAAGGCCGAGGGAACCUCAACACAACCUUCGAGUGUCAGCUCGAGCCCAAAGACACAACCGAAACCGAAGACGGGCGGCUGCUGCUCGAACAAGGCGCCCACGAUAGACACCAACGUAGGGACGAACGGACACCACAUAUCCAAUGACCACAUGUCGCCGUCGAGCGCCAUCGCCAUGUCGCCCUUCCAAACACCAAUCGGCAUGCCGCAGGGCAUGUACCAGUCCUACUUCCAACCAACCAUCUUCACCUACCCACCGCAGUACGGAUCCUUCAUGUCGCCGCUGCAGCCCGAGCAGUGGAAGCAGACGAUGGAGGCGCUGCAGUACGGCCAGCCCAUGCCGCAGCCUGCGGCGUACGCCAUGCCGCCGAACCCGCUCUACACGCCCAACGGCACGGCAUCGACAAUACCCGAAUCGACGUCACACACGUGCGGCUGCGGCGACGGCUGUCAGUGCGUGGGCUGCGCGGCCCACCCUUACAACGACGCGACGCAGGAUUAUGUGCGGUCUGCCUAUUUCAGCAUGCAAGAAGACUCUUACGGAGUGACAAACGGAGCUAACGGUGCAAACGGACACUCGGAGUCUGUCGUGGCAAACGGAACCGGAGUCCAUACGAGUGGAGACGCUGGCGGCUCUCCGCCCGCGCCGCAGACGCCUUCGGAUGCUGCGUCGGGGCUGAGUGAAGAACAGGCGCUCUCGGCCAGUGACUUCUUCUUCGUCACUUACCCCUUCAGCGGGGAGGGAUGCGCGGGUGAGACAUUGUCAUGUCCCUGCGGGGACGACUGCCAGUGCCUCGGCUGCUCGAUUCACAACAACUCGCCGGUCCCCGAGUCAUGA